GGUUACUCUCAACAGUGGGAGGAGUAAAAUGGCUGCCACCAUGACCAAGAAAGAUUUAGUUUGGAGUAGUACAUUGUUUUCCGACACCGUUUACUGUUGCGGCAUGUUUAGUCAAAUACGCUGGGUAUUUUUUUUUCUCUUUUUCACAGCGAGCCAAUGUUGGAGUGAUGAAGGUUACGAGAGGGAAGAAUUUCUAAAGAGGGAAUACUCGCUGAUGAAGCCUUACCAAGGUCUGGGCUCUUCAAGCUCUUCUCAUUGGGACCUAUUGGGUACUGCCAUGAUAACUACAGAGCAUGUGCGUCUGACACCAGACUUGCAGAGCAGGCAGGGGGCGGUAUGGAGCCGCAUUCCCUGCUAUCUGCGGCACUGGGAGCUCCAAAUUCACUUCAGGAUUCAUGGGCAGGGGAAGAAGAACCUGAAUGGAGAUGGUCUGGCAGUGUGGUUCACAAAGGAACGCAUGCAGAUUGGUCCAGUGUUUGGUAAUAUGGACCUCUUUACUGGACUUGGGCUGUUUUUGGACACGUACCCCAAUGACAACAAGCACCAGGAGCGGGUCUUCCCAUACGUGUCGGCAAUGGUGGGCAACGGCAGUGUGAAAUACGAUCACGAACACGAUGGGCGCCCCACAGAGCUCGGGGGCUGCACCGCCAUCUUGCGCAACGUGGAUCACGACACCUUCAUUUUGGUGCGAUAUGUGCAGCACAGACUGACGGUCAUGACUAACAUUGAUGGGAAGCAGGAGUGGCGGGACUGCCUGGACAGGCCGGGAGUGCACUUGCCUCUGGGCUACUACUUCGGUGCCUCGGCCAUCACUGGAGACCUUUCAGACAACCAUGACUUGAUCUCAUUGAAGCUGUACCAACUGACAGUGCCACACAGUGAGCAGGAGGAGGAAGAGGAGUUCACAGUUCCCAGUGUGGACAACAUGGUGGUACGCAGUGUCAAGGUUGAGGAUGAAGGAAUGAGUGGAGUCACGUUGUUCUUCACUAUCCUCUUCUCUGUUCUGGGCUGCUUUGUGCUGGGGGUCAUUUCCAUCGUCCUCUACAGCCGCUGGAAAGAGAACCGUCGCAAGCGCUUCUAUUGAGGGAGGGAAAAACAUUUGAAUUGUUCUACGGCACGAAAGAAAAUGUGAAACCUCUGACCGAAGCACUGAGACACGACAAGCAAUACUGCUCUCACCAACCUCACCACGAGAACUGACACCCUAACCCCCCCCCCCCCCCCAUUUGUAAUCUGCACCCUUUAAUCCCUGCCUUUAAUUGCCUUUAAAUGCUAGAGUUGGGGGUGGAGCUAGGGGGGAGCUCUCUUCCCUACCCUGCUUGGCCAGCCAUACUAGUGCAUUUUAUUCCAAAUGAGAGUAAAGCCACCACAGAAUAAGUGCCUUGGUUAUUCUCUGCUAUGUCUGUAUCAUUUGCUGUCAUCCAGUUCUUCUGGUUACUGUUGAUUUUUUACAGGGUGGGAUGUGCCAGGGUGGAUCUGCACUGAUACAUACUGAAUAGCCAAGACCCAUGGCAUUUUUCCAGUCAUUUGGUUUCUUCUUUAACAUACUAAUUUUUUCUGGUUGCAAAUACCAUGCUGGAUUUUUUUUUUUUCAUUUUCAUGUUUUGGCAUAAGUACGUGACUGCAUUUUUUUCAAAGGACUACUGUAGAAAUUAAUGUUAUUGCCACAUUAAUUCCCUUUAUUUCCCCUUUGCACUGUCCAUUUUCACAAAAUUAACAUGUCAGAAAGACACUCUGUUUCGUCUUAAAUAGUGGGGAGGUACAACAAACGCAUAAUUCAAUGCCCUUUUUAAGACAGUCUUUUUCAUUUACUGGUGAUACUAACAUAGAAGUGUGCUUAUUCUGAGAGCUUCCAUAUUGACAUACACCACUUUAAACUGAAUGUUCUUUGCUGAACAGGGCCACCUCAUUUGGUCUGGCAGAAUCAUAAUCUUAACUCAUAUCUCUCCUAGAGUUCAUCCUGUGUGAAACCAUGUGUAUUAUAAAAGCCAUCAGAUUCACAUAGAACUGUCUCUCCUUUUUAAAUGUAACUGGAAAUCCUGGAAUCAUAAUCUUUUUUUUAUUUUUUUAUGUAACAGUGGUUACAUUCAACGUGGUUGUAUGUCCUGUGUAACAUGAUUCCUGUGAAAUUGUGUGUUGGUGAAUGGGAAAUUUCAGCAUCAGUGUCCUUUGCAGUUGAUCAAAUAAUAAUCUUAGGUGAUUGUGAAGGAGAGGGUUUGAUGCUGUGUGUACUAAAGCUGAGUGUGAAAUGACAAUAGCUCCUCUUGUAUUUCAUGUUUAAUUUUUUUGGGGAGACUACAGGGGCCUUCCGAUCUGGUAAACUUCACUAUAAAUUCAGCUGCAUUGAACCCUGUAAUGUUUACCAGUAGCCAUUGUGAAGUGUAGUGUAUAUAUAGUGUUUAAGGUGCAGUCAAGCCAGAUUAAACGCUUGUUGCAAAAUGCAUCCAGGCUGGAAUUUAAUCAAAAGAUUUAAAUCCUUGCUAACCACCAAAUGCAGGUGGUCCUUGGUUCCAUAAGUGGCAUCUGAAAAAGCAGCUAUGGAGUAGUAUGAAGUAGUAGGCUAUGUUUUCCAAAAGUUUGUAGUUUAAAUCUACACCAUUACAAGAUUAUUAUUUUUUAUAUACCGGAAGUGGGUUCUUUCAUGAAUAUAAAUAAUAUAGUGCCCUCCAAAAGUACGGUAGUGGUGGAGUGAAAUGUUAUUUUUGCUAUAUACUUAAGGCAUUUUGAUUUGAGAUCAAGAGAGGCAAAUAUGAGAGAAAAGUAGAUUAUCUGCUUUUAUUUCAUGGUAUUUACAUGCAAGUAUGUUUUACCAUUUUACGGAAACAGCUGUUUUUGUGUUGAGUCCCCCCCAUUUUCAGCUGUGCAAAAUGAACAGAUGACUGGAAGGUGUUAACUGUUGCUCAGGUGUUUCCUUUUGCAUGGAUUUAUCACAUAUAAAAGAGCAGCCAGUGUCUAGUCCUAGAUUUAGCCUUUGUUUUCAUCUCUGAAGAUUUAAUUUGGAGUCAGAGGUAUACACCAUCUUAAAGAACUGAGUGGCUGAAUAUCGACUAAUCUGUAAACUGAGAGGAAGGAUAGCACAGAAACUGGGUAUAUUAAGUACAGUGGUUUGGAAAGUCUUGAAAAAGAAAGAAACCUCUGGUGGAGUAGGAAAUAAAUACCAUACUGGUAGGCAAUGGAGGACAACUACAGUUGAUCACAGACAGAUCCUAAGAGCUGUGAAGAAAAACCUUAAACCAUUAGUCAGUGAGCAGUCUCCAGAGGGCCAGUGUGAAAAUAUUGCAAGAAUUGAAAGGCCAGAUUAGAAUUAGCCAAAGUUUUUCUGGACAAAUGAGACCAAAAUAAACCUUUUCCAAAGUGAUGGAAAGCAGGAAGUAUGGAAACAGGAGGGAACAGCCUGGGAUCCAGAGCCCCUCCCCCAUUUCUAGGGGUGCCAAAAAUUGUGACACAUGCUUUUGAGAAAAUGUUUAUUUUUUCAUAAAGAUUUUUUUUUUAAUUGAAUAAUUUUACCUCAAAUUUUUAGAUUUCUCAUGUUUUCAGUGUACAGUCACGGUGAUAAACAAGACAUUUUCUCUUUUUUUUGCUCAUUUUUACCAAGGGUACCAGUAAUUCUGGAGGGCACUGUAUCCACAAAACAUGAUUUUAAGAGAUUUUCUUUUGUAAAACUCUCAGUAAUAUAUAAGCUACAAAAGAGAAAGGUAAUGUUAUAGAAAAAUAAUCCUAUAGUGAUUUCAUCAGUUUCAUUUCAGGCAAAGACCAGCACAGGUUUCUGCUGCAGAUUGGGGUAGAAGUGAGAACUGCUCCUUGCUGUCGUGUGCGUGUGCACGUGUGUACGUGUGCACGCAUUGGGUAUACCACUAUGUAUUCCCUGAAUACAGGAAACUCACCAUAGAAUCAACUCCUACUUGCCUUCCUGCUUCCGUUGUGGUCACUUCAUUUAAGUUGGGUUUUGUUUUGGUGAAAAGUAGAACAAAACCAGAUCCCUAAAGAACUAUUUUUUCUUUGACCAGUCUUGAGCGUCACGCCUAAACCUGCUAAUCUUUUCUGACACAUGGAUGCUGCUUAACCAUUUUUUUUUAGAAUGAAACUGUUGAUGUAGUUGCUUACUAAAACCAUGCAUAAUUGAGUGAAUUCAGCUAAACAGGUAAACAGGGAUGAAUUGUUCACCAAGAUUAAACCUAAAAUGGGUGUAAAAAUAAGUUGAGUUUGAUCUACAAUGUCUGAGUUUUGACCAUGUGAUAUUCUUGUGAUUGUUAAUGCUUAGCUUUUGUUUUUGAGCAUUUUUGAAUGCAUGUUUCAUGAAAACUAGAAAAUGUACCCUAUAAAUCUUGAAGUGAAUUCUCUUGUGCAGUUUAUCAGAGGAUUCACAUCAUUAGAAAGACAUUUUCAAGGAGAAACACCUCUGGAAUUUACAUAGCCAAAUGAAACUCCGCAGUUAAGAAGGCUGUCAUAUUUUUGUACUCAAGUUGCCUUCUUGAUAUUUGUUGAGUUCUACAAAUGAGCUCAAUUGCAGUCUACCACUGCCCCAAAAGAGCACUAUGCCUGGUCAAAACUCUGCUAAACUAUUUAUGAUUCAUUUUAUUACAAUGAAUGAGGAAAUAAGAAACGUGAUUUUGAGAAAUGUGAUUUUUUUUCCAAAUAAAAAAGCACAAAUUGCACAGUGAUACUCAGGAAGUUUUUGUCUGCAGGAAUAUACAUUUUAAAACCACAAGAAGACACCACUUUAAGUCAUGUCAACAGGGUGCAACAUUUUCUCUAUUUAUUCUGAAAAGGAUAAAAUUCUUUGGAAUCUAAAGGACAAUACACGCAGUAGGGUUGUGUACAUGCUUAUUUUUUUCGCAGGGGGAGUGUAACUGUUAGCAGGCGGUUCAUAAAUGUUUGAAUAGAAAGUAAUUAUAAAAUUCUAGUAGCGGUUAAAUAUUUUUAGGAUGCUGAUUCAAUGUGUGACUUUAAGUUUAUAGUCUAAAUCAACAUGGAUGUAUGAUUAUUUUGUAGAAGCCAUCCCAGACACUGGCUUGGAAGAAAACCGGAGACAUCUACUAAACAUUUAUACCUGUGUAAAGACAUAUCAUUGUACUAAUUGUCUGUCAUGUUUGUGUUGUUAGUCAUUUGUUGUACAGCUUUAAUUACUAUGAGCCUGGAUGGAAACAUUUGUACACACACCCACGAUGUAAAUGGUAAUGCCCUGUGUUUUUGAGCGGUGACUAAUUCUGAAGCCUUCAUAGAUUUGUGCCAUUUGUGAUUGCAAAGUCUAUAUUAGUUCCAGUUCUUACAAUUGCAUAAUAAUUAAAUACAGCUGUUGAAUAAGUGG